AUGGGCCAGAUUGAGAAGGGCGGUACGAGGGUGGGACUUGGCGUUGGUGUUUUGGAACAUCAAAGAUGGACAGGGUUUUCGCGGAGGUCGCUUCUCAGAUAUCUCCACAACUACAGAUCGGGGAUCUUCCAAAAUCGAGAAGAUUGGUGCAUGCGGCUAGGUCUCUUCACCUUACAAUUUGUAUGGCAAUUUGGCCCGGGGUUGUGGUGUGGUAGGGGAGAAUGGGGGAUAAUCCCACGCAGGAGUUCCGAACGACGUCUGGUUCACGUUUGGCUGGAUAACUCCACCACCACACGGGACAGAAUUAUCACACUCUGA